GUCCUGCUUUAGUUUCACUGAAUCACUGAACUAAAAAGACUCUGUCAGAGAAUACACAAACACAGAGGGUCUGAAAGGCAGACUUUGUUUCCAGACAAGCAUGGAUUUAAUGGAAUUGUUCUUCAUUACUCUUGGGUUUGCGGUCAUUGUCUGCUACGGAGUGAGACUGCUGCUUUUCAGCAAGAUGCUUUUUCCAAAAAUUUGGUUUCCACUUCCAAAGUACUUUUUCACCUCCAUGGGAGCGUGGGCAGGUUGUAUCUCACCCUCUCCCAGACCGACAGAAGUGGUGACUGGUGCUUCAGAAGGAAUAGGAAGAGCAUAUGCAUUGGCGCUGGCCGAGCAAGGAAUGAACGUGGUCAUCAUGAGCAGAACGAAAGCAGCACUGGAGGAUGUGGCAAAGGAAAUAGUUGCUACAACAGGGCAAAGAGUGAAAGUGAUUGUAACAGACUUAAUGGAGGACGUCUUCAGUGAAAUUGAGGAUCAGCUUUGCGGCCUAAACAUUGGGAUUUUAGUGAAUAAUGUGGGCAUGCUGCCCAGCGUCAUUCCCUCCAAGUUCCUUGAGUGUGCAGAGCUGGACCAGACAAUAACAAAGGUGAUAAACUGCAAUGUGAAAUCUAUGGCCAAGAUGUGCAAAAUAAUCCUUCCAGGCAUGGAGAACAGGGGAAAAGGGGUGAUUGUAAAUAUUUCAUCAGGAAUUGCCUCCAUUCCUUUCCCCCUCUACACUCUGUAUGCUGCAUCUAAGGUGUUUGUGGAAAGAUUUUCCCAAGGUCUCCAAGCUGAAUACAGAGAUAAAGGGAUUAUUAUACAGACAGUAGCUCCAUUUGGGGUUUCCACUCGAAUGGCAGAUUAUCAAAAGACCAACACAGUGACUUUGUCCCCAGAAGACUUUGUCAAAAGCUCCCUGCAGUACCUCAGAGCGGGAGACAAAACGCACGGCAGUGUGUGUCACAUAUUUCUGGGCUGGUUGCUGCAGUCUAUUCCUGCCAAGAUUCUCUAUGCAGAGUGUGUGCUACACGGCCUACAAGACUACGUCAAGAAGCGAGCUCAGAAGACAUCUGUGUCUGUGUCAAGUGCCUCUUCAGAACAGGGUAGAAAUGGAUGACCGGCAGGCAAAUAUUUCACACUUCAAAUCCAAUUAUAAAAUUAUGGAACAGGUGUUGAUGGGCCUUUGUGUUCUAUUCUCAUUUAAAUAUAGUGGUAGAUGUUUUAACUCAUGAAAAUAAAAUUAUUAUAUAAUUAUUGAUUAUCA